AUGGCUCACAGUUGCUCAGAUGGAUUCUGGAAGUGUGUUGGAGGCACCCUGUGCAUUCAUCAUUCUCACAGGUGCAACGGCAAUAACGACUGCCCGCUAACCGGAGCAGCGGAUGAGGCAAGUCAGGGGAUGCAUGGUGCAACUGAAGGCUCAGAUGCUGUUUCGCAAGGGGUGGCUACAAGUGGCGGUUCACCUGUGGUUACAGGACCUGCCCUACCGCCUUACACAGCCGAUGAGGACCCUUCUUUCUGCCGCUCAUUUGUCUGUGAUCCGUCUAAAUGGCCACCCACCAAGCAGUGCCCUUCUACUGGUCUGUGCCUGCCAUUGGAACAGUGGUGCGAUGGAGUCAACGACUGCAUUGAUUAUGCCAAUUUUAGUGGUAGAAGCGGUAGUGCUGCUAAUAACGGAGCUGCUUAUGCUGAUGAUGAGGAUCCCGAGGUGUGCCGGACGUUUGAGUGCCAAUUGGGUUACAAGAGUUGUCCCAACGGCGUUCAGUGCUUGGAUAGGUUCCGCUUCUGCGACGGUGUUAUCGACUGCCACGUCAGCACGGACCCCGCAUCAGCACACGUCUCUGCCACGUCAGCUGGUGGGAAUGGCAGCAGCAGCGGCGGCAGCAGCGGCAGCAGCGGCAGCAGCGGCGGCAGCAGCAGCAGCGGCAGCAGCGGCGGCAGCAGCAGCAGCGGCAGCAGCGGCAGCAGCGGCAGCAGCGGCAGCAGGGAAUGGUUGCAUGACGAAGACUUUGGAUUCUGUGAGAGCUGGAGCGAGAAUUGUCGUGACAUGUAUUACCUGCGUCUGUGUGACAACGUUCCUUACUGUGUCAACAGGAGCAUGAGUGAAGACCUGGUGAAGAGCCAAUGCACAGCUCUGAAUGAAUGGGCGAAGAUUCAGAAAGACGCUGCUGCUGCUGCCGAAGCUGCUGCUGCAAAGAAAGCUGGAGAUUUGACUUCAUCAGCUGCCAACAAUGGUACUGCGAGCGGUAACUCCACCUCAGAAAUUGGUAACCCUGUUACGCCAUCAAACAGCACGUCAGCCUCACGCACAGGAUCAUCCCGUAGGAGCCGGAAAGGGUCGGAGAAUAGAGGAGAUGCUGGUGGGGCUGACAGUGGUAACAAGUCAGAGCAGGGAGGGGGGAAGGGAGCUGAGAAGGGAGGGGAGAAUGGGGGGGAGAAGGGAGGGGAGAAGGGAGGGGAGAAGGGAGGGGAGAAGGGAGGGGAGAAGGGAGGGGAGAUGGGAGGGGAGAAGACAGGGGGAAGUGCCAGUGGAGAGAAGCAAGGGGGGGAAGCGAGUGGGGUUAAGAGGGAGACAGAGAAAGAGAAGAAGGCAAGAGAGUGGGAGGAGCGAAAGCAGCUUGCAAAGGGCAAAGCGAGGGAAAAGGAGGAGGCUGCAGAGAAAAGAAAGAGGGAGGAAGAGGAGAGAAAGGCAAUGGAAGCUGAGGAGAAGGCGAAAAGAGAGGAAGCUGAGAAGGCGAGGAGAGAGGCAGAGAAGGGUAAGGGAAAGGACAAGGGGAAGGGCAAAGGGGGAAGCAGAAAAUCACCCAAGCUAUCGCCUGGGAGGAAUACAGGGGUGGACCCUUUCCAGGGCCACACUGCGCUCCGCUGCGGUCGUUGGGGGUCAUAG